ACUUGGGGGCUAUUUCUAGGCACUUCUAAACAAUAAUCAACAGAGACAACUGGUGUAAAUUUAUAGUCUCAAGAUGUCGAACUCUUGCCUGUCCCAUGAGAGGCAUUCCGAUAUAAAUACCAUAAACAAAUGCACGGAGUCGGACGACAGGAAGGUCGCCAUGUUCGAUGAGCUAAAUCGGUGCACUUGCUGUGCCGAGAAUAGUAUGCUGCGCACUAAGCUGCUACAAUACGAGGCGACCAUUUCGAGUCUGGAGGCGUUCGUGAAAAGCAUCGUGAGCAAGCAGGAGGUGAUCCUUUGCGAAGUGGACAGGCUGCGCAAGCUCACAGAAUUUGAUUUCAAGGACCAAGAAUCCCCCGAGGACGUUGUGGAGAACCCAGGGCAGAGCGGGGAUGAAAACGAUAGCAUCAGCAUCGGGAAUUUCGACGACGAGAUAGGGGCAUGGCAGACACCACACUCUUUCAUGGGCAUGUCCGUGCCCUCAAAUCCGACCAUUUCGCAGGCCGCCAGUCCGGUCAUUUCGCUGGACACCUGUCCGGCCACCUCCCAGCCCUCCUCCGACUCGGAAGAGGACUCCUUCCAGGACCUUAUGAUUUUGGCUAUGUACACCAACUCGGACACUGAGAGCGAUGCCAACUAAAGAGUGCUCUUCACCUACAUAUAUUUACCACAAAUCAAACCACAAAUCAAACCACAUGUACACGGAUUGUUCGUUAUAAAAUACUUAGUCUUGGUUGUCUUAAAGCUA